CUCCUGCCAGUAAGUGGCGCUGUGAGUUAUGAGGUUGGGCUUCAGUUUGUGUCGUUUGUUUACAGAGCAGCAACGUCUCUUGUGUUUUUCAGAGCUUAGAUUCACUAAAUUAUAAAAGUAUAAUAAUAGAAUAUUACUGUAUAUACGGAGCGAUUGUCACUCCACUCGGGAUAGCAGUUAGCUGCUUAGCCUGAUAGCGGUGUUGUGUAUUGUUUAGCUGCUCAGUGGCAUCUUAAAUGUUUGUAUGCUGCGGGAUUGUGUUUGACUGGUCUGACCGGCGGCUGCUGCAUGGAUUCAACGUUUGAGACUUUGAGGUUUAUCUGUUGGAACAAUUUUGCUAACAAUGCCACUCGCCCCUGCAAACCAGUCCCAGUUGAUUCGCUCCAUCCAAAAGGACGAAUAUUAUCAAACCUUCUUGAGAAACAACGCCAACGAAGCAUUUCAAUCACUCGCUGGAUCUAAAAGAUGGCUGGACUGGAGGAAAGAGAUGGAGCUGCUGUCAGACCUUGUAUACUAUGGUUUAACAACCUUCUCUGGUUACCAAACUCUGGGCGAAGAGUACGCCAGCAUUGUCCAGGUGGAUCCCUCUAAACGGCGGAUCCCCUCCCGGGCCAGACAUGGCCUCCUUGUCCUCGGUCAUGCCUUCUUGCCUUAUCUUCUGGACAAGUUCCUUGUGUCCCUGGAGAACGAGCUAGAGGGUGGGCAGGAGAGCCUCAGCAGUGUCAGGCGGCGGCAGGCCGCGUCCAGGGCAUGGAGCCUGGAGUCCUUGCUGAAGAGGUGGAUGCAGAGGGCAAUGGGGCAGCUGUCAGAGUCCCAGAGGAGAGAUUGCCUGCCGGCUGUGUUUGUCUUUCAUCAGGGUUUGACCCUCCUGCACAGAUUCCAUGUGGCUCUGUUCUACCUCAGUGGCUCGUUCUAUCACCUGUCCAAGAGGAUGGCAGGUAUCAGCUAUCUGCGCGUGAUGGGGCUGUGCAUGGUGGGGCUGGACAGCAGUGACAGGUCCAUCAGGAGCAGCUACAGGCUGCUGGGGGCUGUGUCCCUCCUUCAGCUGGUCAUCACUGUGUCUCUCCAGCUCAACAGCUACAGACAGAGACAGAGAGCUAGAAAGGAGUGGAAGCUCUACAGGACGCUCAGUCCUCAUUGCCUGGAGAGCUCGAGCCCCAGAGCCGCCCCCUGUAUCCUCUGCCUGGAGGAGAGGAGACACCCCACCUCCACCCCCUGUGGACACCUCUUCUGCUGGGAGUGCAUCACAGAGUGGUGCAACACCAAAGCAGAGUGCCCCCUGUGUCGGGAGAAGUCCCAGCCUCAUAGACUGGUGUACCUGAGGAACUACAGCUAGAACUACAGAGCCCCCCCCCCAGCAAAAAACUGGGUUUCCCUCUGUAAAUAAAAUUUCCUCUGCAUACAACUAUAUGAAAUAUACUUUAGCUUCUUCAGGUUGAACCCUUGUUAUUUUCAUUCAUUAAAGAUAAAUUGUUGGCUGAGAAUCAUCACAUUUUAAA